GUUUGCUUUCUGCCAUUUGCCAUUUCUACAUAAAAGGAGUGAGAGUGAAAUGUGAAAUAAGAUUACUAUAAAUUAACAAUAACAAGUGCAAACGAGUGAGAAAAAGUCAAAGAGGAAAAACCAAAAAAUUAAAGAUAAAAGGAAGGGGAAAAAUUAACCAAAAUGCAAACGUGUAGAAGAAGAAAAGCCUCUGGCGAUUCGGCAACGAUCAUGUGGAGUAGAAUGUGCCUGGCCACUCUCUGCGGAUUACUGCUGCUUGGCAUUCAAAUUGAGCAUGCGGCGUCUGCGCCUGCAGGCGAGGAUGCCACGGCCACAACGAUGCCACCUUUGGAUGCCACUACAACAGAUGCCCCAGACGCUGCAGCAGCCACCACAACGCCAGCAACAACACCAACAUCUCCUGCCACAAUUGCCGUAGAACAAAGCAGCAGCAUCGCAGCCACCGAGGAGGCAGCGAAUGGUUCAACGACUUCCACAACAACGACAACAACAACAACUGAGGCAGCCAACAAAUCGAAUACAGCCGAAACUGAAUUCACCACAAUUUUGUCAGUGCCAAGCAGCCAGCCAGAGGAGACCAGCAUGCGAUCGACGAGCAUUGAACCCAUCACCUCUACUGAGCCCACGACAACGCCACGCCAGGAGACCGAUCAUCCAGUGUUCUCCAACACGGAGCCAGAUCAGAGCCACAUUCAGCACAUUCCACUGAGGGAUGAGCAUGCCGAGAGCAGUGGCGGCGACGAUGCCACCACAGAGAUGCUGCGUGAGCAACAGCAACUGGAGCAAGAUCAGCAGCAGAACGAGCUCAAUCAGAUCUCCAAUGAGCAGGACGAUGUGGUCAAGGAUCUCAACAAUUUCCGACAUCCGGCCACCCUCAUAACGGCCAGCAACAGCAACAGCGAGGAGAACGGCGAAAUCGAAAGUGACAAACGAGUUGAGACAACGACGGCGGAGGCAGCAACAACAACAACAACAAGCACUGUGGCAACAACAACAUCCACAGGUACACCAGCAACAGGUACGCCAGCCACAUCCAACAACAGUUCGACAGAGAGCACAGUCCAGAGUGAGCGCGAAGAAGAUCCCUAUCAUGUGCAUAUACUGUCCGAGAAUCAUGAUCGCCUGGCCGAACACGAAGAUUAUCAAAUGCUCUCGACCAGCACCGAGGAAUCGUCCACUGCAACUACUACCACCAGCACCUCCACCACCACUACAGAGUCGGGAAUUGUGGCUGGUAUUGUUGUCAGCCAAGAGAACAAGGCAACCGCUGAGCCAUCAACUGCAACCGAGUCAACAUCCACAUCCACAUCCACUUCCACGACAACAGCAGCAGCAGCAACUUCAACCACAUCGCGAGCACGCGCCAUGCAUAUGAAUGAGCCAGAAAAUGAAACGGCCACCACAAUAAUGCCGGACAGCGAGUCGGGGCCAGUGAUUAACAUUGUUGAAGGACAACACAUGCUGCAGCAGGAGCAGGAGGAGGACAAGAAGGAGGAGGAGGAAAAGGUGGUAGUCAAGGAGUUGGAGAGCAGUUCCACCACCGAAGCCUCGACCACCACCACUGAGCCAUCGUCAUUCGUGGCUUUUGCAGGCGAGGGACGUUCGGCUGGUGGCAACGAUGAUGUGGAGCUGUUCCUGCAUCACAAUGCCAGUACACACGAGCAGAUCAUGGAUCUCAGCGAUGUCAGCAUGGAUGGGGAUCUGACCGAGAGCAGCACCACCACUACCACCACCACAACCACUGCCCAGCCGGAAACGGAAAUGCCCAAAAUUGUGGAAAUCACCGCCAGCGGAGAUACCAUGCAGCGCGAGUGUUUGGCCGACAACAAAAGCUACAAGCACGGCGAGUUGAUGGAGCGGGAGUGCGACGAAAGGUGCACCUGUAACCGCGGCGACUGGAUGUGCGAGCCGAGGUGCAAGGGUCUGAGUUAUCCCCGCGGCAGCCAGCGCAGCAUGGCCAAUCCCAAUUGCCGGGAGAAGAUCGUGGAGGGAGACGAGUGCUGCAGGGUGAUGGAAUGCAAUGAGCCACUGCUGGAGCCCACAGUGGUGGCCACCGAAGGUGCGGCACCUUCCUCUGAGAAAACAGGAGAAGCUGCUGUGACCCUGCCCACGACCGAAGAUGAAGCCACGCCAAAGCCGCGCAGUGAUUGCCAUUAUAUGGGCGGUGUCUACAAGUUCCGGGAGCGUCUGGAGAUCGGGUGUGAACAGAUCUGUCACUGUGCCGAGGGAGGUGUCAUGGAUUGCAGGCCACGUUGCCCCGAGCGCAAUCACACGCGUCUGGACAAGUGUGUGUAUGUGAAGGAUCCAAAGGAUGUUUGCUGCCAGCUGGAGCUGUGUGAUGUCACCCUGGAUGAUCAUGAACAGCAGCCAACGCCGCUGCAGAAUAAUAAUACCGAAGAUUCCGAAGAGCCCAAUCCAUAUGGCUUCCAGGAGCAGGCCCGCGAUGCCGGAGGUGCCAAGCCCACUUGCACAUUCAAGGGUUCCGAGUACGAAGUUGGACAGCAGUUCCGCGAUGGCUGCGAUCAGUUGUGCAUUUGCAAUGAGCAGGGCAUUCACUGUGCCAAGCUGGAAUGCCCCUCGAACUUUGGCUUGGAUGUCCAAGAUCCCCACUGCAUCCGUUGGGAACCUGUACCAGCGGACUUCAAGCCAUCGCCACCGAAUUGUUGCCCAGAGAGCAUGCGGUGUGUGGACAAUGGCACGUGCACCUACCAAGGUGUCCAGAUCGAGAACUGGUCGCCAGUGCCCGCCAACUUGACAGGCUGUGAUCAGCAUUGCUAUUGUGAAAAUGGACGAGUCGAGUGCCGGGCCGCUUGUCCGCCAGUGCCAGCUCUUCCUCUAGCAGACUUGCCCUGCCAUCCGGCCUUGGCUCGCCUUUUACCCAUUCCCGAUGAUGAGUGCUGCAAGCACUGGUCUUGUGCCCCACAAAUACCAAAAAUCGGAGCUGCUGGGCAGGAGGAAGAGGAGGAGGGACCAUCAACACAUUCUUCACUCCCAGCAAAUGAAACAACAACAACGACAGCAACAGCAAAUAUAUCGACCAACAUACCUAGCAAAGUGCCCCAAACCAAGAAGGAUGAGGAUAAGAAGGCCUCACCAAGUGGCGCCUUCUAUCCGACUUUGGAUGGCAAGCCACCCAAGUCGAUAGGCGGACUGGGAAUCUUUGAGAAGCCCGAGAAACCCGAAAAGAACCACAAGAAGGUGCAACAUCAGCAGCAGCAGCAACACCAGCAACAUCAUCAACAGGAGCAGCAGCAACACCAGAAUGAUGUUAUUUUCGAUGGUGAUCGCACCGAAGAGCAGGAAGGUCCCUUACUUCCGAAUGGUGGAUUUGUGCCCUUCCAAUUUGGCCACCGGCAUCCACAUCAGCAACAUCUGGGACCCUAUGGCAUCUACAAUCCCAUCAAGCCAGUCUACGAAGACUACAAUCCCUAUGAACCCUACGAUAUCAAUCCAAAUGGCACACCACAGGGCAAACCGCCACCAGUACCCACUAGUCAGUCCGAUUUGUUCAAUAUAUUGGGUGCUGAUCAACCAGGCCAACAUGGCCACCCUGUUCACCCUGGGCCUCCGCUUCAUCCUGGCCAAACUCAAAAAGACAAUCACAACUUGGGGCCACAAGUUAGAAUCGAACAGAUACUCCAGCACCUACAGCAAACCGUUCCAGGUGGACCACCACCACCUCCCCAUCAGCAGCAUCAAUCACUGUCACCGCAGCAACAUCCCCAGCAGCAGCAGCAACAAGUACAGCAGCAACAUCCGGGUCAUUAUGUGCCCAUUGUGCACAGUGGAGUGCCGCCGCCGCCACCAGGACAUGGCAUUGCCAUCGUUGACGGACAAACUGUGGCCUACGAAAGUUAUCCGGUAAUCCCGGGAUUGGGUGUACCACCUCAUCAUGCGCAGCCACAUCAGACUACCCCGCAGCAACACCUGCAGCAGACAGUCCUGCCCAGUUCGAGCACCACUUCGGGUCUUUCCACGCAGGCCAGUGAGCACAGUCUGCACCAGAAUCAGGACAAGUUGGCCAAGCAACAGCAGUCAGGACCCAGUAGUGCACAGCCCGACAUCGAAGUUCACACUCUGGAGGCCAUCGAUCCCCGAACCAUCCGCAUUGUCUUCACCGUACCCCAGGUCUACGUGGGGCUUCAUGGACGCGUAGAGCUGCGGUACUCCAAUGGACCCAGCAACGAUACCGCUACAUGGGAACAGCAGAUAUUUGCACCACCAGAGGACCUUAUUGCCACUUCUCAGAUGGAGUUCGAUUUGCCCAGUCUUGAACCAAACUCACUGUACAAGGUGAAGAUAACUCUGAUCCUGCGCGAUCUCAACAUGCAGCCCACAAGCAGUGUUUACACAGUGAAGACACCACCUGAGAGAACUAUUACCCCCCCACCGCCAUUCACGGAUUACAGACCAGACUUCCAGGACAUCUUCAAGAAUGUUGAGGAUCCCGAACUGACGGUCAGUGAAACGAAUGCCAGCUGGUUGCAGUUGACGUGGAAGAAACUGGGUGACGAUCAGAUGGAAUACGUUGAUGGAGUCCAGCUGCGCUACAAGGAACUGACCGGCAUGAUCUACUCUUCAUCGCCGCUGAUUCAUAGGACAUUGACCAGCUAUACCAUCCAGAACCUUCAGCCAGACACUGGCUACGAGAUUGGUCUCUACUACAUUCCUUUGGCCGGACAUGGAGCAGAACUACGUGCCGGUCACAUGAUCAAGGUGCGAACUGCCCAGAAGGUUGAUGUGUAUGGCUUUGAUGUGACCGUUAACGUGACUAAGGUGAAGACCCAGAGUGUGGAGAUCUCAUGGAAUGGAGUACCCUAUCCGGAGGACAAGUUCGUCCACAUUUACCGGGCCAUCUAUCAGAGCGACGCUGGUAAGGAGGACUCUAGUGUAUUCAAGGUGGCCAAGCGGGACAGCACCACUGGUACCCUGAUCAUGGAUCUCAAACCAGGUACCAAGUACCGCCUCUGGCUGGAGAUGUACCUGACCAACGGGAACACCAAGAAGAGCAACGUGGUCAACUUCAUCACGAAGCCAGGUGGUCCAGCCACCCCAGGAAAGACUGGCAAACUCCUAACCGCGGGAACGGAUCAGCCCGUGGGCGAUUACUACGGCCCCCUGGUGGUCGUUUCCGUGAUCGCUGCCUUGGCGAUUAUGUCAACCCUGGCCCUUCUGCUGAUCAUCACCAGGAGACGAGUUCACCAAACGGCGUCCAUAACGCCACCACGAAAGAGCGACGCUGCCUACGACAAUCCCUCAUACAAGGUGGAGAUUCAACAGGAGACUAUGAAUCUGUAACUUACUAACGAUGCCCUCCAAACAACUAGUUUAAAAACAGAUUCUUGUAAAUAUUGAAGGAAAUAGAAAUUGAAGGAAAACUCAGUGUCAGUAAAAAAGUAUAAGUAAAAAAAACUGAAUCAAUCAGAUUAAAUUCUGAUAGAGAGUAAGCAAUUUAAAUAGGCCGGCGCAAGAUCAAAAGUUUUGUUCAAUUCGAAAUGGCCGCCAUGUUGUAUGUAGUGGUUAAGUAAUCUAAAAACACACUUCUUUUGUUAAACAAUUUGUGACUUGUGUAAAUAGAGAGAGAGUGAGACACCCUAUGGAAGAACUAAUUGAAAGAAAAGCCUCAACAACUUAAAAAUUGGCCUCGCUGGGCGCAUCGAUUCUUCUAGCUAUUUCGAAAUGCAUACGAGUUUAGUUAGUUUAACUUGUAAAUUUUAGCUUUACACUUAUCGUAAUUAAAGGACGCAUCGUUAUUAGCAGAACCAACAACAUCACCAAUGUUCAGCUUAAUGAUGCGUUCUUCAAAUUAACAGUCCAUAAAUAUUUAAAUUAGCUUGUAAUACGUACAGAGAUACUAUAUGCAUAUGUAUGAUGUGUAUUAAUAAAUAAAGAAAAAAUAAUAAAACCUUUAA